UGAGAAGUGGCUGUCUAGGCCAAUACACGUUUCAAUUUUUUUCCCUUUGCUUUGUCUCGCUCGACGCCUCCACAUCGUCCCCGUUUUUUUUUAUGGUCGUCAUAUUCAUGUAUGUUUCUGCUGCCUCUGGAGUUGAUGAGAAUUGGGGUUGCUUCGUUUGGUGUUUUGUCGUCCUCUUUUCUUGUCUUUUUUUGAGCUUUCUUAGCAGAUACUGACUGACGCCAGCAGCUCUGACAAUUUGCUUCAAUGGAUGAAACUAUGGGGAGUAUGCCUUCUCAAAAAACUCUAGGGAAUUAUAGAUUGGGAAAGACACUCGGAAUUGGGGCCUUUGGUAAAGUGAAGGUUGCACUUCAUACAACAACAAAGCUAAAAGUUGCUAUUAAGAUCCUUGAUCGCCAAUCUAUUGAUGAUUCGACGGCAGACAGAGUGAAACGAGAGAUUAAUAUAUUGAGGUUAUUUUCACAUCCUCAUAUAGUUCGUCUUUAUGAGGUCAUAGAGACAAGGACAAAAAUUUAUGUUGUCAUGGAGUACAUGAAUUCUGGUGAGCUAUUUGAUUAUAUUACAGAGAAUGAUAGACUCCAAGAGGAUGAGGCUCGCCACUUUUUUCAACAGAUUAUUUCAGGUGUUGAAUGUUGCCACGUCAAUAUGGUGGUUCACCGAGACCUCAAGCCAGAGAAUUUACUCUUGGAUACAAAACGCAAUGUCAAAGUUGCAGACUUUGGACUCAGCAAUGUGAUGCGUGAUGGUCAUUUUCUCAAAACAAGCUGUGGAAGUCCAAAUUAUGCUGCUCCUGAGGUUAUUUCUGAACAACUAUAUUCUGGUCCUGAGGUUGAUGUUUGGAGUUGUGGUGUCAUUUUAUUUGCUCUUCUCUGUGGAAGGCUUCCUUUUGAUGCUGAUAAUCUUUCGGGUUUAUAUGCAAAAAUAAAGAGUGGAAUAUACACAUUCCCAAAUCAUUUAUCUCGUGCUGCUCGGGAUUUGAUUGCUCGGAUACUUGUAGUAGAUCCGAUCAAACGUAUUUCAAUUCCUGAGAUACGCCGGCAUCCUUGGUUUCAACAGCACCUUCCCAGAUACAUAGCUCUGCGCACAAUAGAUGCCAUAUACACUACAAACAAGGUUGAUGAGGAAAUUGUCCAACAGGUGGUAAAGAUAGGCUUUGACAUUAAUGAAGUGAUCCAGUCUCUUCAAAAUAGACUGCAAAAUGAGGCAACAGUUGCAUAUCAUUUGCUGUUGGACAAUCAUUUUCGAAUCCAUUGCAGUUACCUUAAAAAUGAAUUUAUAGAAUCCUUGCCACAGGAUCCCAAUCCCACUGAUCAUCCUGAAAUGCAAAUGAGUUCACUGGCUCCCAUGCAACGACAAUGGGCACUUGGAUUGAAGUCUCAAGCACGUCCCAUCGAAACAAUGACAACUGUUUUGAAGGUUUUUGAGAGAUUGAAUGUUAAAUGGAAGAAGAUAGGUCCUUACAACAUGAAAUGUCUUUGGAUACCACCAUUUGCUGCCUAUCCCAAGUCGACAGUUGGUAAUGAUCCUGCACAAGAUCACAUCUGUAGUGUGGAUCCUUCAAUUAUGGCUAUGAACAAAAGAGCAAUUAGAUCGCAAAAUGCUGUGAAGUUUGAAAUUCAGCUUUAUAAAACAAAUGACAAUCGGUAUCUUCUGGAUUCGCAAUUGCUUCAUGGGCCGCCCUUUAUGUUCCUAGAAAUCUGUGCAGCAUUUGUUGGAAUGGCAGUGGCAUAAUUUUGUUCUCAGGGGGUGCCAGGAAUGGAAUGAAGUUCCUGGCCUCGUGGAAUUGGUGUAAUUAUCUGGGUGUAGAUAUCCUGUUACAGAGGGGGAUGACUCAGAGUCAGGGGGGUAGAGCUAAGAAGCUGGCUCUGAUUCUGAUAGUAAUGCUUAUGUUAUUAGCUUAACUGUACAUUUGCGUUAAAUAUUCAUACAUAUAUACAAAUGUCCGCUUGCCUGAUUGCAAUAUA